AUGGAUAUAAUACUGAGUGACUGUGAUGAAUAUGUAAAUAUGAGUAGAAAAAGGGCAUCAAGAUUACGGAUACUUUCUUCAUCUUCAGAUGAAGAAGAUUUUUGUGUAAAUAGUGAGGUGGAUGAUUGUUUUACUGAUAAUGAUAAUUUGGUGUCGAAAUCAAUAAAUGAGAGUGUCGAUGACGAAUGGCAAGGCAUAGGUGAAAAAGCUUCUACAAUAAUUGAGUAUUCGGGAAAUGAGGAAUUUUUACAUGAAGGUAUUGAAUGUGAUGACGCUUUUGCUUCAUAUAAACUUUUUUUUGCGGAUCACAUAUUAGAUAUAAUUAUUGAAGAAACGAAUAAGUAUGCUACACAAUGUCUAACUAAUUCAUCAUCUUGUAACAGAAUGCAUCGGCAGCCUUGGCAGUAUGUUACAAGGGAUGAAAUGAAUACUUUCAUAGGCAUAUUACUUAUCAUGGGUAUCGUGCAGUUACCAGAAAUUUGAUUGUACUGGUCUAAAAACAACAUGUACGCAAACACUAGAAUAAAAAAUGCAAUGAGACGUGAUCGUUUUUUAGCCAUACUCAAGUUUUUACAUUUUUCUGAUAAUACCACAGCUACUCCAGACAAAUUAUACAAAAUUCGUAA